AUGUGGAUCGGCACAUAUCGGUCGGAAGCAUGUUCGGAUGCCAUUGCUAUGAGGACGGAGCAGUCUCGCGACUGCGCUCAUAAGAGCCCACGCCUGGAGCGCACGGAGAGCACCCUAGCCACUGGACCUGUAGACCGAGGAUCGAUCAGGGAUGCAUGGGACGACGACACCAAGGACCGCUUCGCUAGCCUGAGCCUCUCGAGGAUGCUCCCAAUGGAGGUGAAGCCCAGAUCAUCUGUUAGAGGCUCUGAAGAAGGCGAUAUUGCCGAAACGUUAGCGCCACAAAUAAAGGAUUAUAACAACCUCGUAUACGACUCUACUAAAGAAAACAAUUUACAGAGACUUUCCGGAAAACAAAGAUCCCGUUACAUCUGCAAGGUGUACAAAUUUGGUAGCGCUUAA